GCCAUCCACUUUUGCUUUACUUACCCAUUUCUAUACGUAUACACGCACACUCACACACACACACACCACACAAGCUAUACAAAACAAUGGCGAAAUUGAUGCUCGCACGCCCCAAUUUCACAUCUUUAUGUACUACAUACGUCCCACAUAUUCUUAGAUGCCAAACCACUCGCCAUUUCCAGUCUCAAUCCUUUUUUAGAUUUAUUUCACCACUUACUAAACAACAACAACAACAUCAACAUGUUAUUAUCAAACCCUUGAUUCAUAUCGCCGGUCGCCGGAGUAUCAGUGCCGGAGUUUCAUCUCCGACCAACGGUUCUGGUCCGAUUGAUUCGCCGUUGAUGCAAUCUAUGCAAAGCAAGAUUAAGGAAGAACUGAAUGCCGAGUUGGUGACUGUUAAUGAUGCUUAUGGUGACGGAAGGCACGUUAGCAUUGAUGUUGUCUCUUCAGCUUUUGAGGGAAAAUCUGCUGUGAACAGGCAGAGGAUGGUUUACAAAGCCAUAUGGGAGGAACUGCAGAACGUUGUACAUGCAGUUGACCAAAUGACAACUAAGACUCCCGAGGAAGCAGCUUCAGGAAAGUGAAGUUGCAUAAGCGAUACAGAGCUUGGAGUCUUUUUCUGCCGUUCAAUUUUUGGGAAGUAUCAAUUAUAUUCGACUUGUUGGUCUUGCGGCAAUGCUGGAUACAUAUGUUGAAUAAUAUUGACUUUCUGGUGUUCAAUACUUUACUAGAAAUAGAUCAAUCAUUAUGUUCUUGUUGGAUAUUUAUUGGUGCACAGGCCUAAACGGUUAUGUGAUUUAUAAAAGGUUUAAUUUUAAUGCUUGA